CAUUUCCUGAGCAGCUCCUUCCUCGUCCUGUCUGAGUUUGGAAAGAAGGGAAACGGUUUUUAACCACUCCGAUCACACCAUGCAGAGGUUGUGUUCAGCUGGGACCAGAACAGAUGCAUGUCAGAGUGCUGGAAACUCAAACACAGUCACAGAUUAACGUAGUUAUGAAAGAAAUUCUCCUUCAAACCGACAGAUCCUCAUGUGGACAAACAGUUUGAGUUCACUGGUAUCAGAGUAGAAGCUUCUUCACACCUUCAGAUGAUCAUGACGUGUCCCUCUCACACUCGACCUACACACUAACAGCACACACAGAUGGCCUGGAAGAGGCGUUGGUUCGUGCUGCGAAGCGGUCGGCUCAGCGGAGAACCGGACGUCCUGCAGUACUACAAGAACCAGCAGUCCAGGCGGCCAAUCAGAACCAUCAACCUGAACCUGUGUGAACAGGUGGACGCUGGUCUGUCCUUCACCAAGAAGGAGCUGGAGAGCAGCUUCGUGUUCGACCUGAGGACGGAGGAGAGGACCUGGUACCUGGUGGCCGAGUCCGAGGAGGACAUGAACCGCUGGGUGACGUCCAUCUGCCUGCUCUGUGGCUUCAACCCCACCGACGACGGAACCAUUCCAGACAGAACUCCCGCCUCCAUCCCAUCUACGACCCCGACCGGUGGCACCGCCUCCAUCGCCACGGUAACGGGCUCGGUCCCGCCGCCGUACGACCCGGUGAGCGUGCGACACCUGGAUAACGACGGCAGCUCGGAGGACGAUUACCUGUGGUUGUCUCACUGCCAGAGUCACAUCAGGCCUCCUUUAGGUUCGUCCACGUCUCUGGAGACCGACUACAGCGACGGCCUCUACCCUCCUGCUGCCUCUUCCUCCUCCUCCUCUUCCUCCUCGCCCUCGCUCCUACCCAACAGCCUCCCGCCUCCUCCCUCCUCUGGCUUCAGGACCGCCCCCUGGACGGUUGCCGCUGCGACGAGCCCCUUCAGCCAAUCCCUGGACGCCGGUGUGACGUCAGACCCCCACCGACGGGCCAGGCCUCGCUGCCACCCGUCUCCCCACCCCAGGAAGCACUCUCUGGACUUCCACCUGCGACCCGUAGCCAUCCCCCUGGGCGAUGACGCCACGCCUCACCCCUCCCUCACCCCUAGUGGGUACCAGAUCCCCCGUCCGGCCUCCACCCCCCAGCCGCCGCCCCCUCGCCGCCCGUCCUCCACCCCCAGUGUGGACUCUCUGACCCCAGCAGAGCUCCACGCCUCCACUCCGGCUCCUCCUCCUCGCCCACCCAAGCCCCCCGCCAUGGCAGCCCAGGGAGAGGGCUCCUCGGUGGGCACGAGGCCGACCACGCUGCCCCGGACCAGCUCAGAGCCGGAGAGGAGGGAGGAGGAGGGAGGAGGAUACCUGCCGAGGAGCAACACCAUCACCACACCUGGACGCCUGCAGACAGGUUGUGAUUCCUCCUCCAUUCCUCGGUCUCUGUCCGACAGAGCGAGCAUGUUUGAGUUCAGCGAGAGCUUCAGCAGCUACUUUAUUAAUAAAGGUAUGGUGCCUCUGGGCAGCGUCUGCUCUGAAGAUGACGAUGUGGAUGAAAACUACGUUCCCAUGAGCGCCGCCACCACCGAGCCGCCAGUCGCUCCAAGGGUGCCUCCAGCUCCUCCCUCUGACUCCACCCACCUCCAUGACGGGAACUACGUCCCCAUGACGCCGCUCAGCCCUCACCUGCCCUCUGCUGCAGGUGACCCGGCCUCUCUGGGCCGACAGGUGCCUCCACCCGCCCACAUGGGCUUCAGGAACCCCCCGCUGACCCCCCCACUCCUCAGGAACACCGUGACGGACGCCACGCCGCCGCCGAUCCUCCGCAACCUGAAGCCCCAGCGCAGAGGAGUUUGUGUGAACCAGACGGUGGAACGAAGCGACUUUCAGACUGCAGCUGAGCCCAAAACAAGAGUGAAACCAGCUCCUCUGGACAUCAGCCCAGUCACCCAGGACUGGCAGGAAGUCCCGCCUCCUGUUCGCUCACCUGUCACUCGAACCUUCACACGAGAUCCGUCCAGCCGUCGGUCCGUCUGUCCGACCUCGGCUCAGAGCUCCUCCCCUUCUUCCGACUCCGACGACCCCGACGACAGCUACGUCGCCAUGACAACCUCCAACCUCAGCUUCAGUGCCGGCGAGUCGUCUCUGAGGCUGAUGCUGCACCGGGCCUCAGAGGGCGGAGUCAGCAGCCCGUUGCUACGGCGAGCCAGAGGAGACAAACAGGUGGAGUACCUGGACCUGGACCUGCAUACGAGCCGAUCAGCACCCAGCAGACAGAAACGCUGCACAGCUGAAGGCGGAGUCGGCGGCAGCUACUCGUCUGGAGCCGGCGAGGAGCAUGCACGAGGCGAGCGUGCACGAGGCGAGCGUGCACGUGUAGACUACGUGGUGGUGGAUCCCAAACGGACCAAAGCUCUGAGGAACACCAGGGAAGCCUGGCAUGAUGGGAGGAUGUCCACGGAGAAGGACAAGAGUUAGGACACCCUCAGUACUCUGUCUGGAGGAAGUAAUAGAUUACUUCUGACAUUACUUCAGCCACACAGUUAGGACACCCUCAGUACUCUGUCUGGAGGAAGUAAUAGAUUACUUCUGACAUUACUUCAGCCACACAGUUAGGACACCCUCAGUACUCUGUCUGGAGGAAGUAAUAGAUUACUUCUGACAUUACUUCAGCCACACAGUUAGGACACCCUCAGUACUCUGUCUGGAGGAAGUAAUAGAUUACUUCUGACAUUACUUCAGCCACACAGUUAGGACACCCUCAGUACUCUGUCUGGAGGAAGUAAUAGAUUACUUCUGACAUUACUUCAGCCACACAGUUAGGACACCCUCAGUACUCUGUCUGGAGGAAGUAAUAGAUUACUUCUGACAUUACUUCAGCCACACAGUUAGGACACUCUCGGUACUCUGUCUGGAGGAAGUAAUAGAUUACUUCUGACAUUACUUCAGCCACACAGUUAGGACACUCUCAGUACUCUGUCUGGAGGAAGUAAUAGAUUACUUCUGACAUUACUUCAGCCACAGACUUAGAAUGACGGGUUUAUGAGCUGCUACUGAUUUAAAAUCCAUCCAUCCAUCCAUCCAUUAUCUAUACACCGCUUAAUCCUCACUAGGGUCAUGGGGGGGCUGGAGUCUAUCCCAGCUGACUCAGGUGAAGGCAGGGGACACCCUAGACAGGUCACCAGUCUGUCACAGGGCUACAUACAGAGACAAACAAUCACUCUCACAUUCACACCUACGGGCAAUUUAGAAUGAUCAAUUAACCUCAGCAUAUUUUUGGACUGUGGGAGGAAGCCGGAGUACCCGGAGAAAACCCACGCAUGCACAGGGAGAACAUGCAAACUCCAUGCAGAAAGAUCCCGGGAAAGCCGGGACGUGAACCAGGGAUCUUCUAGCUGCAAGGUGAAAGUGCUAACCACUACGCCACUGUGCAGCCCCUGAUUUAAAAUCAUUAAAAACAUUUUCAUUAAGGAAAAUAAAGAUUAAAGAAAUAUUACAAUAUUUAUAUAUUUAUGUUCCAUGGAAAUAUUAAGUUGAAGUAAUUAAAUUCACAGAAUUAUUGAGUUGAAAUUAUUAAAUUUACAGUAAACAUAACUUUACAGUAAUGUUGAGUAAUGUUGAGUUAAAAUAAUAAAAUUUGCGUAAAUGUUGAGUUAAAUUCAGAGAAAUAUUGACUUAGAGGAUUUAAAAUUCACAUAAAUUUUGAGUUGAAAUAAUUUAAUUCACAGAAAUACUAAGUAAUUAAAUUGACAAAUAUUUAAUUCAAUUCACAGAAAUAUUGAGUUAAAGUUAUUAAUUCAUAAAUAUUUCAUUAAAUUCUCAGAAAUAUUCAGAUAAUUAAAUUUACAGAAAUAUUGAGUCAAAAUUAUUAGCUUCACAUAAAUAUUUAAUAAAAUUCACAGAAAUAUUCAGUUAAAGUAAUUAAAUUCACAGAGAUAUUGAAUUAAAUUCACAGAAAUAUUGACUUAAAUCAGUCAAAUUCCCACAAAUAUUAGUUAUCUUAGUCAAAAAUGACACAAAUAUCAGGUUCAAAUUAUUAAAUUCACAGGAAAUACGGUAAAAACGGUCAAAAUCAUUGAUUAUAAACUCUUUUUCAUGUCAUUACAUCCCACAAAUUUAAAAAAAUCUGAGGUUGAAGUCAGUAAACUGACAUUGUUCUGACAAUUCAUUGUUGAUUUAUUGAUCUGUUAAUCAGUAGCAGCUUCUAAACCCUUCAGUAAAAACAUGUUGCUGCUGAUUUAAACUCAGAAUCUGAUGACUAACUCAAACACGUGUCACAGGAAAGAGUCUCGGGUUAAAAUAAAGAUUUAUUAUCUUCAUUCCUCCUGCACAGAAAGAAUCAGUUGAUGCUGGAAUGAUUUAUAUGUUUGGAAGACAGAAUUCAGAACCGAAUUUCCCUCUGGGGAUUAAUAAAGUCUGUCUAAGUCUCAGACACGUAGAAAUCUA